UCCUAGGUCUUGAGAUAAUAAAAAUAUAAACAUGCUUUGACCCUCUCCUUCUUUCUCCUUUACUCUGUUCGUUCUGUUUAGUCUGUUUUCCCAGCCAUAUACCCCAUAUACCCCUAUAUCUUAUUCCUUCUGUUUGAGUGUCGCUGCUAUUGUACUUCUUUGUACGGCUUACUGUAUUUGAUAUUACCUUACUCACUAUUGUUUGCCCGCACCCCCGACAAGACGGCUUCGUUCGAGACAUGGCGGUCAUUAACCAGAAAGCGACUCCGCCAGUGUCUCCUUCCCAUCAUGCUCCGGUUCAACAACUGGUAGAUCCAGCUCUGUAUUACCAAAGACUUCCCCCGGGACUCUAUCACCCAUCUGCUUAUCCGGCUGCCUACCAAUUGGCUCACCAUGCAGCUCACCCUGCAGCUUACCCGGCAUCUCACCCUGCGCCUCAGCAAGUGCCUCACCCUGCAGUCCAACCAGCGAACCAUCCAGGCAACCGCCCUGCAGAUCACCCGGGGGGUCUACCGGGUGGUCUACAAGGAGGACACCAAAUAGGUCACCAAGGAGGCCAACCGGAAGGAUAUCCAGGGGCCCCUCGGGCUAUUCACACUGUCACCCCGCGCUCUAUAGAUCCCGCCAAGUUGGCCGAAGCAAUGGCUCGUCUGAAUGCCAGUGCGGAGAGACCGGCCCCCGGCAAUCGACAGAGAGUACCAGACUCUGUCCCCCCAAGAGAAACAGACUCACGGUUUUAUAUCGGGUAUACCUUUUUCAAGAAAGAUGCGAUCCCUGGACACAAGCCCACCUGGAGCCAUGCGGAAAAGACCCAGAUCAAUCUGACGCAGUCAGAGUUGUCCAACAUGGUCCAGAAACGGGCGAAGAAGCUCCCCGGCAUCCAGCAGUACCAGUCUCUCUCGAAGGUAAAGCGUACCCAUGUGGACCUGCUCAUCCAUGAGCUGAAGGAGAAAGAACCUAAUUUCGAAUGGACCUGUGCAUGUGUGAAGGAAGCCGAACGGCCCAUGAAAGGCAAGAACAAUAAGCGCGGAGACUAUGAGACCAUCUCCAUGGAUGUUGUCGCGAUGGGGCAGCCCAUCUACCCGCCGCGUCCUAAGGCAUCUAACAAGCCUAAGGAGAAAGUCGAACCGAAGACCGAUAACCCUAUUAUUGUUAAAGAGUCUAGGCCAGUGGAAAAGACCAUUGAAAACACCACCGAAUGGACCCGGCCUUACCCAGGCCAUGUGCAACAACCGCAGCAACCACCCAUGGUGCACAAUGUCCAACGGCAGCUUAAUCCCGAAUUCCCUCAGCAGGCUCCGCCACCGCCUCCCCCUCCCCAGGUACAUCCAACUGGAGGAAGACCAUUAGUAAACCAAGCACCUCUGCCCAAAGCAGCUCCAGCCACUGUGUCCUUCGAUGUACGCCCACAGCUGGACAUACCUCACGCUGCGAGAGCCGCUCCCGAGAAGAGACCUGCCAUUGAGGUCCUAAAGGAACAUAUGAGAAGCGUUCCCGUGGGCGCUGGUGCUGGACAAGGGGUCAAGCACGCUCCAAGCCCCGCCGGCAUGCCGGUCAUCAAUAACAUCCCGCAGAAAGAGCCAGCUCCUCAUGACCCACGUUUUCAUGAGCAUGUCCCUCACGGAGGUAGUGUUAAACCACCCAACUUGGCAGCGGAACCAGAACAAGAAUGGGCCCCCGACUCCAGCAGCAUUGGGGAUGACGACUCGGAGAUUUUUGACUUGGAAGAUGUCAGUUCAGUUACCGAUGACUCCGACGACGAUGGAGAGGCGCGCAAGGAGUCCCAGCCCUGGCGUGGAAGUCUUUUUCGCCGACAUUCCUCUGCUUCCAGGCGUCCUGGACCGUCGCGAUACCGCUCGCACUACCGGAAACAGCCUACAGGUGCAUCUGACAGCAGGUAUCCAAAUGGCUAUAUUGAUGUGAUUCCCGCGGACAACAAGGAUUCGGACAAGCAGCUAUGGAGACUGCAUAGCCGAGAAGUUACUCGGCAGACCCGAGAUCGCCCGAAGAUUAUCCACGCCCCUAUUAGUUCCGACGAUUUGGAUGUGCCUGAGUUCGAGGACAGAUAUCGUGGGCUACGAGCUCACAACGAUAUUCGCAGCCGGAUUCUCGAUGACCGGGAAGCUAGACUUGCCCGCCGGGAGCAGCACUUGGACUAUCGCACGCGAAUGCUGGAUGCACUUGAUGAGAGACUGGACGAAGCCUUGCGCCGUCGCAUGUCCUUGAGAGAACCUGGUUCGUAUUACUCUCGACAGUACUAUGACAAUUAUUGAGUUUGAUCAUUCUUUUUCUAUUUGAUUUUCCGUUUCAGACCCCCCCCCCCUGUGUCCAUUGAUGUUUCUUUUACCCUCGGGUCUCUCCCAUUUUUCUUGGUUUUGUUUCUAGUAUUCUUUUUCGGGUGAGAGUGGGUGACGGAUAGACACUAAUAACGUCAUUAUAUGGGGACUGUUUGUACACAAUGAAUUUUUGUCGAGAUCUGUUGCGUUCUGUAUGUAUUUGCCCCAAAAGAAGGCUAAUCAGAUCCAAUCUGCAUGGAACUGCACUAUCACUGGUGAAUUUUCAAUCUAUUACUCGUAGUGUGGUAGUAGAAGGAGUAGUAUCUUCAA